CUUCAUCGGUUUCGUAUUCCUUUGGGAUACUCAUUACUCAGCUUCACGUUAUAAAGUCGAAUUUAGAUAAAGAAAGAACAUAGAAGCAGAAUAAAAAACGAAGAAGUGAAAGAAAAGAAAAAAAAUGAGUAGCUCCGAUGCUCAGCUUCACAAUGUCUUCGUCUAUGGUAGCUUUCAAGAGCCUGACAUCGUCAAAAUCAUGCUUGAUCGUACCCCUGAAAUCCUCUCUGUGACACUCCCUGGCUUUAAAAGGUUUAGGCUUAAAGGACGUUUGUAUCCAUGUAUUGUGCCGUCUGAGGCAGGAGAAGUACAUGGAAAGGUGCUUAUGGGAUUAACCAAUGAAGAACUUGCGAGUCUAGACGCAGUAGAGGGUAAUGAAUAUGAGAGAGUGGUAGUUGGAGUUGUGAGGAAGGACAAUUUUGAGAAGAUGACAGUGAAAACAUAUAUAUGGAUCAACAAAGAUGAUCCUAAUAUAUGUGGAGAAUGGGACUUUGAGGAGUGGAAACAACUACACAUGCCGAAAUUCAUGGAGACUUUCAAAAAAAUCAUCGAAUUAAACAAGAAUCCUCAGGGAAAGGGAAUAGACGACUACACUAAAAUCCUACACGAAAAUCUAGCGAAUGCACCAUCGUCUUGAACGGAUCUUGUGUUGAGUAUGUUCUAUAUCUCGCAUUGAUUUCUAAAUUCUGAAUAAAUAAAGCCUAGAGAGUGAUACGUAUGGAGAUCACGAAAAUAAUGGUUGUCAUGUGUUAUUGUAAGAUUUGAGUUAUUAUGUGGAUUUUAUUAUUGUGUUAUAACUCUUUUGGAGAUUAUUGCCAUCUGAAUCUUUUGUAUG